CGCCCAGGCGUCAGGGGUCCUUCAGGCUCACGGCGCUCGAUUCUGAUCGCCGAGUGUGUUGAAUGUAGUUUAGAUCGCACGGCGGUAUAAAAUUAUACUUUCGCUAUUAUUAGGGAGGCUUUACUAACUCGGUGUCAUGGAGGAGGUGGAUGUAGAGCCCAGUACCACGCUCAUUCCCGGCGCUGGGUUUCAUCAGAAGCACCUGGGCUUCGAAUGGGGUCCCGGAGAUAUGUUAGUGUAUGAGACGAGCCACAAACUGCAAGGUCCGAGGUCCGCCGGCUGCCCGCUCGUUCACGUCGUGAGGAAAGACGAAGACAUCUGCUCUCCCAUCCUGCGCAAGCUCUUCAACGAGUCCCACCUCAUCUUCGUAGGGCUGCAGAAAACCAAAGAGGACGCGCCCAGCAAAAACAAGAAGUCGCAGUUUGUGAGCAUCAGCAAGAACUACAGGUCUGUGAUCAGAGCGUGCAUGGAGGAGCUGCAGCAGAACGCAGUUUCAGCACGAGACGGCUCUUUAGCAUCGCAGUAUGGAGAUCAGGUCUCUAUUCUCCUGGCCGUCGAGCUCAUAUGGAACUUGUGCGAGGUCCUCUUCAUCGACGCCGCUCCAGCCGGGUCUCUGCUGCUGCACCUGCUGGACUGGGUGCGUCUGCACAAGUCGGACGUGGACUCGAGAGCGAGGGAGGUGUUAGGGAGCGACAGCCCCGCCGAGCAUCAGUCCUACUGGGACGUGGUCAUCAGUUUAGUCCUGCAGGGCCGAAUGGAUGAAGCUCGUCAGGUGCUCUCCAAACAGGCGUCUCUGCGAGCCGAGAGCAGCUCUGUGUUCAAACGCAUGGACGGCCUGCUUCAGACCAUGCCCAUGUUUAACCCCACAGGAAGUCAAACGCUGACCGAGUUUGACGUCAAAUGGAGACACUGGCACGAGGAGUGUGACCGCUGUCUCCAAGACAACACCUUCGCUAGCAACCGUCACCUGGAGACCGUCUGCAAGGUCCUGGUCGGGGAUGAGGACACGUUACUGGAGCAGAAGGAGCUGCUGAGCACCUGGUAUCACUUCCUGGUCACACGGCUGCUCUUCACUCACCCCACCAUCAAACCGCCGGAGCUGCACUACUACGCUCAAUCGAGCAUGAACAUGUUUCUGGGUCCGCGGGCGUCUCCGGAGCCUCUGGACAUCAUCCUGCUGUCGGCCUUCGAGUUCGACCUGCAUCAGGUGAUCAAGGACUGCAGCAUCGCGCUCAAUAACUGGUGGUUCGUGGCUCAUCUGACAGACCUGCUGGACCACUGCAAACUUCUGCAGUCACACAACCUCCAUUUUGGGUCUAAUCUGCGUGAGUUUCUGGUCUUGGAGUACGCCUCGGGUCUCUUCACACAUCACAGUCUGUGGCAGCUGGCGGUGGAUUACUUCGAUCACUGUCCCGAGUUCGGUCGUGUGUAUCUGGAGCUGCAGAUCGAGAGAGUCCCGCUCGACACCGGGCGCAAAGCCGUUAAAGUCCUGCGGAUCUGUGAGGACAGACAGAUGAGUGAACAGGUGCGCAGCAUCUGUAAGAUCAUGUCUAAGCGGGCUCUGAGGAACAACAGACUGGGAUCUGCUCUGUCCUGGAGCAUCAGGGCCAAAGACGCAGCGUUCGCUACACUCAUCUCUGAGAGGUUUCUUCAGGAUUACAGUAACAAAGGCUCCUUCGCGGAUCUGGAUUUGUUGGAUAAUCUGGGUCCUGCCAUGCUGCUCAGUGACAGACUGACGUUUUUAGGAAAGUACCGUGAGUUUCACAGGCUUUACGGCGAGAAGCGUUUCUCCGAGGCGGCCCGACUGCUGCUGUCCCUCAUGACGGCGAGGAUCGCCCCGCGCAGCCUGUGGAUGACCCUGCUGACCGACGCGCUGCCGCUGCUGGAGCAGAAAGAGGUGAUCUUCUCGGUGGAUCAGACGUAUGAGCUCAUGUCCUGUCUGGAGGAGCUGAACUCUGGGACCAAAGACUCGAACCAGACAGACCAGGUACAAAUCAUCCAGAACAUCCGAGGGAAGCGUAUUAGUUGUGAAUUAGCAUGUCAUUUUCUGCUGCGUUUCAGGAUGAAGAUUUUGAGUCCACGAAGACGGAGCUCCUGCGACUGGCUCUGGCCCGUAACCUCGCCAUGGCCAUCGUGAAAGAGGGAACAACAGAAACAUGAAUACAUCCAGUCACUCACAGCUGUUUUCCAAUCGCUCUGUGUCCUGUACAUAAUUCAGAAACUUGAGUAAAAACGUGACGUCUUUUAUAAAACAUUUUCCAGUAUUUGCAAAAA